AAAAUUAUCCAGUUUCGCGCUUUUUUGGAAUUAAAUCGCGUGUAAAUAAUAGACGUGCAAGUAAAUAUUAAUAAAAACAUUUGAUUUACGUGAAAUGAAAUGGGUAUUCUAGGCCUAUCCAAGUUAAUAGCAGACAUUGCUCCCCAAGCAGUAAAAGAAAUGGAAAUUAAGAAUUAUUUUGGUAGAAAAGUGGCCAUCGAUGCAUCUAUGAGCUUGUACCAGUUCUUAAUAGCUGUGAGAAGUGAAGGAGCUCAACUGACAUCAGUAGACGGUGAGACCACCUCUCACCUGAUGGGCACAUUCUACCGCACCAUUCGUCUGGUGGAGAACGGCAUCAAGCCUGUGUACGUGUUUGAUGGGAAACCUCCGGAGAUGAAGUCUCACCAGCUCAACAAGCGAGCGGAGAGGAGGGAAGAGGCGGAGAAGGAGUUGCAGAAGGCUACAGAGGCUGGUGACACAGCUUCUAUAGAGAAGUUCAAUCGUCGUCUUGUAAAAGUGACAAAGCAUCACGGUGAAGAGGCAAGGCAGCUUUUAAAACUCAUGGGGGUCCCCGUCGUGGAAGCACCAUGUGAGGCAGAAGCCCAGUGUGCUGAUCUGGUAAAAGCGGGUAAAGUAUAUGCAGUGGCCACAGAAGAUAUGGACGCGUUGACGUUCGGAGCGAACGUGCUGCUGCGGCACCUCACCUUCUCCGAAGCCAGGAAGAUGCCCGUCCAGGAGUUCCACUUGAACAAUGUGCUGAGCGGACUGGAACUUAACCAGAAAGAGUUCAUAGAUCUAUGCAUUCUGCUUGGGUGUGACUACUGCGGCUCCAUUCGAGGCAUCGGCCCCAAGCGAGCCAUCGAGCUGAUCCGCCAACAUCGCUCCAUCGAACAAGUGCUAGACAACAUUGACACUAAGAAGUACCAGCCGCCAGAGAACUGGGACUUUGAGGACGCGCGCAGACUGUUUGUGGAGCCCGAGGUCGCGGAUGCUAAGGAUAUAGAGCUGAAAUGGUGCGACCCUGACGAGGAAGGCCUGGUGAAGUUCCUGUGUGGAGACAAGCAGUUCAAUGAAGAAAGAGUCCGCAAUGGCGCCAAGAAAUUGAUGAAAGCACGCACCGGAACUACUCAGGGCCGACUCGAUGGAUUCUUUAAGGUGUUAUCAACAACACCGAAUCCAAAGCGGAAAGCCGAAGAAGAGAAAAAGAGUGCGAAUAAAAAAACUAAAACCGGCGGCGGCAGAGGGAGGAAACCAAAAUAAACUAUUGUACUUACUUAUCUAUAUUUUAUUAGUUUUAAUUUGAGCUAAGGAAAAACAUGUUGAUGCUUGUAACAAUUGAAAUCUCAUUAAAAUCCUGUUGAAAAAUUGUUAUUUUGAAUGACAUUAUUUGUUUCGUCUCAUGUUUUUUUCCAUGGAAAAAAGAAUAGCUAAAUUUUUCCAUCAGUAUUUGUAGUUAAAACUCUAUUAUGAUUAAUAAUGUUAAUCAAAAAUAUAAUUUUGGGGAAAAGGAGAGAGGAACUUUAAGCAUACCUAGUCUCGAACAGUAAUUUUGCAUUUUUUAUAUAGUAAUUGUGUUAAAUACUUAUAUUUAAUUUUAAAUGUUACGUUUUUUGAGGUUCAUAGGUAGUUAUUUUAAUAGAUUUCAAGUCGUUAUUCUGCAUUUUUCCCAUAAAAAAUGAUAGAGGCAAAAAUUUCAGUGCGCGCUAACCAUUUCGAGUCACAAAAGUCGACGUGUUGUCGAGGGACAAAAGUCCCUCGUUUGCGCCGGCCCUAAUCAGCAUUGAAGUCGCAGGAUCGAUAUGACGUUACAUUAAUUAUAAUGUAUUUUCUAAAUGUGAAUAAACGAAUAAUGACGUUAUAAUCA